GUGGAGCCGCAGUUAAAGUUUCCGAGUCCAUUCCGGGAGCGGGAGCCCAUCUUGCUCGCCGCCGAGGCCCUCGCUGGAGGAGGAGGGUCAGAGCUCGGGUGCAGCCAAUCGCGGGCAACGCUGCUAGUUAUCAGAGCAGAAUGGGCUGUAGUUUAGUGAAAUAGGAAAGCUGCAAAACACUGUGGAGUGCUCCCGUGUAAAUAAAAAGAGGAAAAAAAAGUUUCUCAAGUCGCCGCUGCACGACGUCGGGCAGGCGCCGGGGCGGGGGUCUGCGCUCUCCCGAGCGGCCGCGCGCUGGACUUUAUUGUGCCGCAACAAGCCCCCGUUCCCAUUGUUUGUGUUUUUUUCAAAAUAUGGCAAAGGUUCAGGUGAACAAUGUAGUGGUGCUGGAUAACCCUUCUCCUUUCUACAACCCGUUCCAGUUCGAGAUCACCUUCGAGUGCAUCGAGGACCUGUCUGAAGACUUGGAAUGGAAAAUUAUCUAUGUGGGCUCUGCAGAAAGUGAAGAAUACGACCAAGUUUUAGACUCUGUUUUAGUGGGCCCUGUUCCUGCAGGAAGGCAUAUGUUUGUAUUUCAGGCUGAUGCACCUAAUCCAGGACUCAUUCCAGAUGCAGAUGCAGUAGGUGUAACAGUUGUGCUAAUUACAUGCACUUAUCGAGGUCAAGAAUUUAUUAGAGUUGGCUAUUAUGUAAAUAAUGAAUAUACUGAGACAGAACUAAGGGAAAAUCCACCAGUAAAACCAGACUUUUCUAAGCUUCAGAGGAACAUUUUGGCAUCUAAUCCCAGAGUUACAAGAUUCCACAUUAAUUGGGAAGAUAACACAGAAAAACUGGAAGAUGCAGAGAGCAGUAAUCCAAAUCUACAAUCACUUCUUUCAACAGAUGCAUUACCUUCAGCAUCAAAGGGAUGGUCCACAUCAGAAAACUCACUAAAUGUCAUGUUAGAAUCCCAUAUGGACUGCAUGUGACCACCUGCCAUCCCUUUAGUACAAAUUAAGCUAUAAAAACACACAGAACUAUUUGAAAUUCCGUAAGUACAUAGUCGAGACACAAUGUGAAGAAUUUGUUUAAAAACAUCCUGUAGAAAGUUUAUAAGAAAACCAGUAUUUGAGCAAAUUGUGGAAUAUAAAUACAACUAUUUUUAAGUAAUUUUUUUCUCUAAUGUGUUAUUUUAUUUGUUCUGAAACUAAUCUGAUUAAAACAUAUAUAUUAUUUUCUUCUCUGCUAUAUGUAAUUAAAGCACUUAUAAAGAAAAAUAUAAACCAUUAGACCAGGUUGUAAAGCUGUCUUAGCCUUUUGGACAAUAAUCUUUGGACCACUAUUUUACUGGCCUUCAGAAGAACAAACUUCCAACUUCAACUAAAAUGUUUCUGUGAUAAAUAGUUUGGUUUAAUGUGAGGGGCAAAUUUCUAUUCUUUUUUGUCAAUGUCCUUAAAGAAGGGAUUUGAAGUCAACUAUAAGCUACCAUGAACUUUAGGACCUGAUUUUCUAGGCCACCUUGAGGCCUCUUAUGGCAACUAUUACACAGAAUGUUAGAUAGCAUUCAGUUUGGUUUCUAAGAUGAUAACAAAUGUGGUUAAUUGUUCUUAAAGUCCUUUGUUUUAUAACCAUUUAGGACAUCCAAAUACUCCUUGAAUCAUCCAUCAUUUCUACCCAGUGAAUUCAGCAUGUCAAGAGCGCUAAGUUUAAGAAUAGGAUAUUAUAAUGACUUAGAUCUAUUCAUGAGAUUUAUAAAAAUACAAUGAACUUAACCCUUCAAAACUGACUUGUUAGAUCAUCUGUUGUUGACAGUGUUUAUU